GCCUUAUUCACCUCGAACGGAAGUAGGAGCCUGAGGGGUACACUUUCCACUUCCGGGAGUUUUCACAACGCGAUGCAAUGGCUCCUCACUGCUGUGUUCCCCAAUGCACUUCAUCACACAGGAAGAAAUCGAACAGAGGACAAACUUUUCACCGUUUCCCCAAUGAUCUGGGACUACGUCGAGAAUGGAUUAUUAAAAUCAAAAGAGAUCCUGGCCGUCAUUUUAAGUGAAGAGACGCCCCCUCCGCACCCAGACCACGAAUAUGCUGCACUGCCUCCCUCCCUUCAAGAUCAACUUGAGGAAGCCCGAAAGACCAUCGCUGAUCAAGAAACUUUAAUUGCAGAGCUUCAACAACAACUGUUUGGGGUUUCAAAUUUUCAAAGUGAUGAUAAACAGAUCUCAUUCUAUACAGGGUUCCCGGAUUAUGCUACAUUUAAAGCUGUGUUUAUGGCCCUGCAACCUACUGCAGAAAAUAUGGUGGGAUGGAGUCAGGCUCAGCGAUUCAAACAUACCAGUGGGGAGGUAAUUCGUCAAGGCUUUAGUGCCUCUAAAUUGUCCACUAUGGACCAGUUUUUUCUUUUCCUUUGUAGGUUGAGGCAGGGAUUUCCUGAGCAGGACCUUGCAACCCGAUUCCGUAUAUCACAGUCAACAGUAAGCAGGAUCUGUGUGACCUGGGUCAACUUUCUGUAUUUUAUGUUGGGAUCACUUCAAAUGUGGCCUUCAAGGAAAACUGUGGAUGAACUUAUGCCAGCUUGUUUUAAAUGCACAUUCCCGGCUACUAGAGUUAUAUUGGAUUGCACAGAAAUUCAUGUACAGAAACCUAGCUCCAAGGUCCUUAACUCAGCAAUUUACUCGCACUACAAAUCUAACACCACAUUUAAAGGCCUAAUAGGCAUUGCCCCCUCAGGUGAAGUGACUUUUGUCAGUGACUUGUAUACAGGUUCAAUAUCUGACAAAGAAAUUACCAAAAAAUCAGGUAUCCUUUCUUAGCUUGAAGAAGGAGAU